AUGAAAACAAGAUCAAAAAAUAUUUCAGUCCUUUUUCGAGAUGGAAUUUCUCAAUCCCAUAUUAAAGGUGUAAAUAGGCUUCAAGCCUUUGAAAAUCAUCUUUUCUCAGCUGGCAGAGAUGGGAUUGUCCGACAAUACGAUCUAAACACUCUUGAAAUCGAGCAUGCUUAUGACAGGCACAUUCACUGAGUAAGCGAUAUACAAAUUGAUGCAACUUUAGGACUUCUUUUUUCCUCUUCAUAUGACAGCACUAUUGCUAUAUGAUCACUUCAGUCUUCAGAAUUUGCUACUGAUCCAAUCCGUAUCAUUGAAAAUCAUAAAGACUAUAUUCAAACACUUAAAUACAUUCCAUCCCAAAGAAUUUUAUAUUCCGGAGGCCAAGACUAUACUCUUAUAAGAUGGGAAAUUUCGAAUUUAGACCAAAUAAGGUCGAUAAAAGUUCUAAACACAAAUGGCAACUCUAUUUGGUGUAUAGACGCUGAUGAAACAGGAGAACUUAUAGGAAUGACGUUUUCAAAUAACGUAAGAAAUAUUCAGACACCCAAAAUAAUGGACACUCGAGGAGCUAAAAAUUUUAUUGACUUAAAAGGACAUACAGAUCAUGCACGAAAAAUCAUAAUAAGCCCUGAUGGAAGAAAUUGCUUGACAGCUGGAGCUGAUAAGACGAUAAAAUUAUGAGACAUAGGCACACAUAAAGUAAUUGAGUCAUUCCAUAUACAUUCUGACUCUGUAAAUGCACUCAAAAUGGACUGAAAUACUGGGACUAUGUAAAGGAUAUUUAGAUUUUCUGGGGAUAGGCAUGGAGAUGUGUUCAAGACUGAAAUUAUUUCAAAAACCUCUGAAAAAGUAAUUGAAAACGAAUUCCCUGUGCUAGAUGUGCUAGGUAUUAAUAGUGAUAUCUGAAUAUCAGAUACAAAUGGAGAUAUUAAAACAAUACAGUCAGCUGAAACAAAAACAAUAAAAAGUUUGCCACAUAUAAACAAAUUUGAAGUAUGUGAUAACAAAAAAUGGAUUAUUACAAAAAACUCAGAAGGGACUGUACAAACUUGGAACAUAUUGACUGGAGAAUCAGAAAAAACAGAAAAUACCUUUGAAGAAGCUGUAACAGCUAAAAAUUCAGGAAAAGCCUGGUCACCCCUGGAUGGGUCUACCUUGCUCUACGGAUCUUCUGGCAGUCCAGAUCUAUCUUGGGCAGCCUGGCAAUCGGCUCUAAUUGACAAUCUUGUUCUACCUGGCUCUACUAGCUCUACCUGGCUCUAAUAUAUCAUUGCGCAAUUCAUUAAAUUAUUUUUCAAAACUUAGGUAAUUUAUUUUGGUAGAGCCAGAUUGCCAAGCUGCCAGGUAGAACUAGAGAGCCAGACAGCAAGGUGGAGCCAGGCUGCUAUGUAGAGCUAGGCUGCAUAGAGCAAGGUAGACCCAGUCAGGUUUGACCAAAGCCACUCCCAGCUGAUUUUCAGUUAAAAUUCAUCUUGGGAGCCUCAUGCUUGAGUUUUCUCACAGUGACAGUCAUAUGGCUGAAGAAGAUUAUAACGGGAAAUUAAUAAAUUAUGGUUCUGUGUUUAUGAAACGAGUUUUUCACCAUUGAUUACUCAAAGAAGAGCAGAAAUAUAGAGAAGCCAAUCCUAAUGCUCCUCAAAGGAUUUCUAUUUUAAAUGAAGGCACUUCCGAGAUUGAAAAAUAUGUCCUUAUAUUAAUACAAAUAGCUGAAAAUAUCAUUGAAAGUAUUUAUCGGUGUCCGAUAAAUAGGCUAGACACCGAUGAAAAUCUGCCAGAUAUUCCUAUGUGGGUGCAAAGGCUUAUUUUCAGCUCAAAAUAUAAACACUAA